CCUGCGUAAACGAGAAAGAUCACCCAAAUGCAGAUCCAGUUUCUUUCCUUCCUCUUCUUCCCACUCAAGUUUGUACCCAGUUCCUAGUUCAUCUCUCUGCGUGGGUGGUUGAUUAUUCCUAUUCUCUCUUGGCCCAGAUUCUUGAAAGCUACUUUCGUUAAAGCAUUGAUAUCUCUCUACUGGUAAACUCUCUUCAUCCAACCCGAAAGCCAAAAGGACACCAAACCACACCUAGAUACCUAAAACCACAAAAAAUUCACACUAAAAAAGAAAGUGCCUAUCUUUCUCUGACGCCUACUUAUUAGGACUUUCUUUCUUUCUUUCUUAAAUCUUAGGUACCUAACCUGCUCAACCUGCUCAACCUACUCAUGCGCCAAAAGAGAACACCCCGUUCAUUCCUUACCUGAUCACGAUUACGAUCACGUCCCCUCGUCCCCUCGUCCCCUCCUCCUUUCAAUUUCUCACUUAUCUCACUUAAACCCUUCCUUACUCAUACUUGACUAAAUUUCCCAUUUCUCUCCCACCAUAAUUCUUUCCCUUCUUUCACCCACCACACCAACCCACCCACUCAAAAAACAUAACCUCCCCUCAUCCACAAUACAACCCUCCAUACCCUCCCGAUUCUUUCGUCCUUUGUCGACUUUAUUGGAUUAUUGCGCUGCUUAAUUGCGUCAAUUGUUUUCCUCUCGAUAACUACCUUUUCGUCUCUGAUUCACUGCUUUCCCUUCGGAAUUCGAGUUUUUUUUCAAAAGCAGUUCUUAACCCAGUCGAUUAAAACAUGUAAGUAGAUCAUUUUUCUGUCCUUGCGCCCUUACUGGUCGCGCAAUAACAGCUUCAACCCCCUCCAUCUCGACCCCUCAUUGCACCUACCACAACUUCCAACCUUCGUUGUGCCAGGCCUUGUCAGUUCUUUGUUGCAAUUGAUAACAUCAUUGUCGCAUAUGAUUUCUGGUGGCGGCAUUGUCGGAUGUACCUUUGCUGUUGUUGAGCCUGGCGCAAAUGUUUGACCUUGGCAAUUAGCCUUGGUACUACAAUUUGGUGGUUCCAAACUUGCGAAAAUAUUCCAACGAAGCUCCAUCUCAACGCUUGAGAGAUGUCAUUACCCCUUCAUCAACCCACUCAUACAUUAUAAAUUUCAAAUGUUGAACAAUUGACUGAUAACUUAUUCUGCUAGUUUUGAAUUUAUUCCCGAGAUUUCUCCAGCAAUAAUUCAACCCUUCCACUCUCGAAUUUUCGCAGGCGCAAACGUUGUCUUCAAAACUUUUCGAAUCGAGUUCUUUUAUUACGACGUCGCUUUUGACCAUCUAUAUCUUCAAUCGCACAUACCGGUUCUCUCGAGGGGCGAUUCGGAUAUAAUUUAUUGAAACGAUACUUGUGGAAUUUUAAGGUAAGCUACCUACAUCCAAAUAUGAAAAAUGGCAGAUCCCCAUGAACCCAGACCGGACGAGCUCAAAAUUGGCGGGGUGAGAGAAUUGUGUCGAAUUUUCUAUUGUCGCCUCCAUCCACGAUUCGCUACCAUGACGAAAAGUUAAGGAUCUCGAAUGAUGCGAGUUGGAUACAAGGGGUUAGUGGCAAUUUGAGCAGUCUCAUGGUAGCUGACCGAAAUGGUGGGUGUUGAAGCUCUUGGGUGGAGUGGCUAUUGUACUGCAUCAAGCAAGGCUUGUUGCCCGGCUCAACUUCGCCAUUUGUGUCCUACACCACCUGUAGGAGCCGUAACAGUCACUGGCCUAGCUCAAGUUUCAUCUGUCACCAUCCUUUCUUCCCCAUUUUGUGUGGGUUUCCGACUGCUAGCCCAUAUGUUCCUCUAAAUCAACUGCUCAUCAAACAGCCUGUCUUAUAUACCCAUUUCCACCCACAGUCCACCCACAGUCCACCCACAUAUGGCACAUUCAUGGCCCAGGUUUUCUUAUUGUUGAUUUGAAGAGGAUUUUGAUCCAAUUUUGUGAGCGCAGGGUCUUUUGUCUCGGUGGUUAUUCUUAGAUAGCUCUUUCUGAGAAGCGUACCAUCAUGAGAAGUUUAUGAGAGACUCUGGCUCGAGAGAACCAUCAAUGUUUUGAUUACAACUCAAUGAUCAGCGAGUGCUUCUGAUGCAUUCGGGGACCAAAACCGCAAAACUGUGGAGAACCUUUAUCCCAAUACGGUGCGAAUCAUUUUCCCAGCUCCUCUGCUCCAGCGCAAGUCGGAACAUUCCCUAUAGAAUCUUUCCUAGAGUUUCAUUUUGUCAGCCGUUUGAUUUCUUUCAAUUUCCUUGCCCCACCAGAUUAAAGCCGGAGCACUAGAUUUCGGUGUUGCUUCAUCCACUUGCGUUGUGCCCUUGAGGUGAUGGCACGGCCAUUGCGCUUGCACCACCGUGGAGCCCCUGUGUCCCUUCUGUUUCCUCCUUUCCUUGUUUGCAUUUUCAAAACCCUUCAACAUCCUUGCAGUCUGCGAAUUCUGUAUCCAAUUAUUUUUUAAAUCUUUGGCAGAGGGCUUGUAGUUCCUGGAGAGCAAAAGUUAGUGAACUCCAAUAUCCUAUGAGCCCACUUAGCAUAUCGAAGAAUGGUCAUGAUGAUUCACCAACCUCUCUGUCUACCAACCUGCUCUUGUUUCGAAGAUUGAGCACAUGCAGCAAGUCACUGCUCCAAAAGCAGUUUGAUGUGAUAGCAUUUUGCAGGCAUACAUAUUAGCUGGACUAUUGCUCACGAGAUCAACAAAGCUGUACUUUUGGUUGUCGUUGGAUAUAUUGAUCAUACACUCCAUGAGUUGUGAUGAGAAACUUUCUUGUUGUCAUUUUUGUCUUAUCAACCAUACAGGGAGGCUUGUUAUCGGCUGCAACAGUAGUUUGUUGAUGUUUUGGUGGAUAGUUAAUAUGCGGAUAAUUUUGCAUCAACACUGAAUCAUUUGCACCACGAUGAGGUGGAUAUACUGCACAAGGACCUCAAUACUAGGUAUUGGAAUGACAUCAACACCAUUGAAGUUUGUAGAUGGUGUCACCUGUGCUUUGUUUUAUCACUGCAUGAUACGGAGACUGUGAAAGACUGCACUGUAAUAGCAUAGCGUAUCAGAGAAACAUUUGACUUCUGACCUGGAAGGACAUUUUAUUCUUCUAUCCCCGAAGUACAGCAGUAACUCAUGUAUUUAAGUAUAUGACAUGUUUAUUGUUGGUAGUCCAGCGGAGUUGUCCACUGGAUCGAAGGUCUCAUGAUGCUUCUUCGGCAUACACUUUCCUUUGUGAACUUUUUCCCCUAGUAAAAUCUUCAGCAAGAUAUGAGUAUCACAUUCAGAUACAAAGGUUUUUUUUUUUUCAAGCCGUUCAAGUAUCUUUCAUUUCUGACUAAUAUUUGCUCUAUUUAAUAGAGCGUGCUUGGACCAUAACCAGGAGUGAUAUCAUUGACACUAACGUUGGGGGUCUGCCAUAACCCCGCUCUAGCGUGACUCUAGUCUAUUUGACCACAAGCUAACCUUAAGUGAAUCAGAUCCUGCAUACUUCUGGAGCUAUUUAAGCCGUCCUCAUUCUCAAACUCUUACUUUUAAACUUACACUACGACAACUUUUCAUUAUCUUUCGCGACAAAGACGCGGGAACCCUUUGCUUAUUUCUUUACAUAUUCGUCCUUCCUCGAGUUAAACGGUCUCUUGUGAAAAAAAUUUCGACUUUACGCAAUGUCUUUCCAACAACAGCCCUACGAUCCAGCUCAGCAAGGUGGCUACGAACAGAACAACGGCAACGGCGCAAUGGCUCCACCACCAAUGCAGCAGCAACAGCAGCAACAAGGUGGUAUGCCUACUGGAGAUGGUGGCUCACCAGCUCCUUUUGCGCAACAAGGUGCCGGCGUUGAAGGCUCUUCCGGAAGCGUCACUGGAGAUGCAAAGACCACUCUUUGGUAAGUUCUAAAUCCUGCAGUACACUCACUCAAAAUAAACCUCUUGUGAUUAUAUCACUCGGGUCUGUCCUUCCGGCCUUCGCGCCUUCCAUUCUCCGGUGCCCCAUCUCGAUCUCAGAUCGACCAUACUAGUACUCUGCAUCGCAAUACUUGGUGUGCGAUCUAAGUGUGCCCGAUCUAGAGAUACGAGUCUUCUCCAAGGCUUGAUCUCGAUUUCUACCGCCAUGGCUAUUGCUGUAUUGCUUCCUACCAUGGAACACUGCCUGCCAUCACAAAGCUGAUUUACAUUUUGAUAUGUGCUGACAUAUUAUACUAGGAUGGGUGAGCUUGAGCCAUGGAUCGACGAGAACUUUAUCCGCAGCGUCUGGUUCGGAAUGGGCGAGCAAGUCAAUGUCAAGAUGAUCCGUGACAAAUUCUCUGGGUGAGUUAUUUCUUAUCGAUACCGCAUUUUGAAAUAGGGCAUGCUAGCUAACCGAUGUUCUUAUCGUUCUAGAAACGCGGGUUAUUGUUUCAUCGACUUCUCUUCUCCAGCAGCUGCUGCAAAGGCCCUUUCUUUGAAUGGUUCCAUGAUUCCCAACACCAGUCGACCAUUCAAGCUCAACUGGGCCUCAGGUGGUGGGCUUGCCGAUCGUCGGUCAGAAUCCCGGUUCAUAUACCUCUACUCCCCUGCUUUGCGCUUUCUUGGAUAUAUCGCUGACUCUUUAUAGUGACGAUCGUGGACCAGAAUUCUCGAUCUUUGUCGGCGAUCUUGGCCCAGAGGUCAACGAAUAUGUCUUGGUCUCGCUUUUCCAAGCCCGUUUCCCAUCUUGCAAGUCAGCCAAGAUCAUGACCGACCCAAUCUCUGGCAUGUCUCGCGGCUAUGGUUUUGUCCGUUUCGCCGAGGAGGGAGACCAACAACGUGCCUUGACCGAAAUGCAAGGUGUUUAUUGCGGCAACAGACCUAUGCGCAUCAGCACUGCCACCCCCAAGAACAAGUCUGGAGCUAGUGGACCAGCUGGUAUGCAGAUUCAAGGCGGCAGUGGUGGUAUGGCCGGUGCUAUGGGAGGUGCCCCAGGAAUGUAUGGAAUGGGUGGUGGCCCACCUAUGGCAGGAUAUUAUGGAACUCCUCAACCCAUGAACCAGUUUACGGAUCCCAAUAACACCACUGUAUUCGUUGGUGGAUUAUCUGGCUAUGUCACCGAAGAUGAGCUCAGAUCAUUUUUCCAAGGCUUCGGAGAAAUCACCUACGUCAAGAUUCCACCCGGAAAGGGCUGCGGAUUCGUUCAAUUCGUUCAACGACAUGCGGCUGAAAUGGCCAUCAAUCAGAUGCAAGGAUACCCAAUUGGCAAUUCUCGUGUUCGUUUGUCUUGGGGAAGAUCCCAGAACAACUCUGGUCCAGCUGGGACCCCAUACAGACCUGCUCCACCACCCCCUCAUUACCAACAGAUGGGUAUGCCGCAACAGCAUAACCCUUAUGGCAAUUUCCAACCAAUACAGGUAAGAUUUACCAAUCCUUGAUGUAUUUUCAAGCUAACAAUUUACAGUAAGCAAAAAUCUUCUUUCGCGAAUGGAGUUUAGUGUAGCAUGGCGUCUUUCUGCACUGGGCUUGCCAUUUUUCGGGGCUUCACUUCUUCGCAUCCAAUAUCUGGAUAACUCUUCUCGUCUUAGCGUUACUUCAAAAGUAUCGGAUGGGUGGGAAUUUGCGUUUUCCAAUGAUGCCCAUGUAUAAGCAUAGACUUCUCAUGCGACCACGAUCUUCGCUUUCUCUUUUUUCCUUCUUCUACACAUGUAAUCUCACUGCUUUGCUGCCUAGUCUGCUCGCUUAUCAUUUUUCAUUGGCGAAAUUAAUUGUCGAUGAGAUCUGUUUGCGCAGCUUUGCACCCAUGCUCUAGAGCAGCUUUUCUUACUCUGGACUUUAUCCACAAAAGCUUAAAAGUUUAGAUUCUCUUUCUUUUUAUCUAGGAGCAUCGCAGCUUGUGCGAGCUCGAUUACAAAUGUACUCUUCAUCCAUUAUUUUGAUUGGCGGACCAUUUGUUUCCUUUUUGGUUGUAUACACUUGUUGUUGUGUAUUACCUUGUGUUUUGUGCUAUAGCCUGUGCGAUGAUGAUCAAUUCCCGUACAAAUAUUAACGUCAGACCACUGGACUUUAGCCUCUGCCCUAGGCUCAAGGCACUUGUUGUUCCAUCAUCCGAAGUAUCGGAAGGAAACAUACCUGUCUUCCUUCGCUAUUAGAUGCUCUUUCUUUUCUCUUUAGCGCCCCGCUUAGCAAGACAUUUGGCUAAUGAUUCAAAACAGAUCUGGACAACAGAACCACCAGCAGGGCAACGGUUUCAACGCUGGAUUCCAGCAGCAUCAGCAACCAUCUGGCAGUCAGAACGCUAACGGUGGCUUCAGCAACCAGGCACCAUAUUCUUAAGUCACUAUUGUCACGCUGUCCUCCUCAGAUUGGUCGUCUCUCGCGGAUACGCUUUAGCAUGCUUCUGCGAUUUAGCUUCUUUGGUCUUUCCUUGGUUUCUAUCACACUACUGCGAGAUACCCCUGCUGCUUCUAGGAUACUUUGCGACCCCUGCUCAACUUUGAUGGGAUAUUGACAACAAUAAUGGUGGAUGACUCGGCUUAUAUGAUUUCUUGGAAUUUACGCUUCUUUCCCUUCCUUUGGUUUUCUGCUACCGACUACGAAUCACGACUUUCGAAGCAUCUUAAAACUCGAUGCACUUUUCUGCGAGCUUUGAAAAUUACCUCUACGUUACAUACCCUGGCGAAAAUGGGACGGCGUCAUGGUUUGGUGCAUUACAUACAUCGAUCAUGAUACCACUCUUGCGUGCAUGGAUGGGGGCCUGGAUGGCAUUGCUUUUAGGUGUGCUUGGCGUGAUAUUCAUCUAGUUUACUAUGUGAUCUUUUCUCUCUUUUCAAUGUUUCUUUCUUGCGAGUACAUAGCCGCGACGGAUGGUCUUUCACGUUUUUACUCUUCUGCCAUGAUGGAAUAUGCACUAGGUUAUUGGUAGUAUUCCGGUCUCGGGAAAAGUUGGCGGCUGGAUGAUAUUGUUGCGUGGUUUUACCUCAAAAGGGUUUGAUAUUUUAUUCUGACUGUUGGUCUGAUAAUUUGGGAAACGGGGUGGUGCUGCGUAGCAUCGUAUAAAUAUAGUUGCCGUGGUUCAUCAGCAAGCAGGCUUAGGCAUGGGUUGGAGGAUCUACGGGCUAGGAGAUGUGCGAUGCAAGAAUUGAAACGGAUUUAUCUAUCACUUU